UUUAUUAUAUUUUUUGUCCUGAUUUUUUUUAGAACUUGUAAACUCCAUUUUUAAUUAUGAGCGAUACUCAAGAAAUACCAUUGGAUUUGGAACGAACAGAAAGGUAUAUUGUCAAGUUAAGGGGUUUACCUUGGUCAACAUCUUAUGUUGAUAUAGAAAAAUUUUUUGAAGGCUUAAAAAUUAUGGAGGGAUAUAAAGGUGUCGUAUUUAAUAACUCUAAAGAUGGGCGCCCUAGUGGUGAGGCCUAUGUUGAGUUUGCAAAUAGUAAUGACUUUGCUGAAGCAUUAAAAAAAGAUAAACGUUACAUAGACAAUCGUUAUAUUGAAGUUGAUGAAGCAAACUCAGAUGAUUAUGAAUAUUAUAAAGAAAGAGCUGGUCAUGAUGAUUUUGUUGUUAGAUUAAGAGGGUUACCUUAUAAAUGUACAACUGAAGAAAUAGAAACUUUUUUCACAGGGCUUGAUAUCAUCCCCAAUGGCAUAAUGGUCCCUAAAGAUGAGGAGGGAAGAUGCACAGAAGCUUUUGUACAAUUUAAAGAUUCUAUCUCAUAUGAGUCGGGACUUAAAAAGCACAAAGAAAAGAUGGGGCACAGAUAUAUAGAGGUAUUUGGUAGUAGUUUAAAGGAGUUGGAUUAUUUCAUGAGUGCAGCCUCAACUAAAAUUAAGCCACUUAUGUCUAUCAAACCAAUGAGAAGUUCAGGUGAUAGAGAAGAUCAUGAUAAUGAUUUUUCUGUGAAUCAAAAUAAAUUGAUAAGAAUGAUUUCUUCUUCAUCGAUGUCAGCAGACGAGAAAAAAUAUAUGAUAUGCAUGGUUAAUAAUAUGUUCAUGCCAAGGUUUGAUAACAUGCAAAAUAUGAAUAACAUGCAGUGUUUUUCACUUAUGAAUAACAUGAUGAGCAUGAUGGGAGGUGGUGGGAUGGGCGGUGGUGGCAUGGGCGGCGGCGGUAAUAUGGGAGGUGGUAUGGGCGGCGGCGGCAUGGGAGGUGGCGGCUAUAAUAUGGGAUCUAAAAAUCGUUUUUGGAUUAAGUUAAGAGGUCUUCCAUUUGUAACAGACGAAGAGGAUAUCCAUAAAUUUUUCGAUCCUUAUGUGCCAGUGAAAGUUAUGAUAGAAGCCGAUAAAAAUGGAAGAGCAACUGGGGAAGCAUUUGCGGAAUUCCCUAAUUACAAAAUGGCCAUGCAAGCUUUGGAAGAAAAAAAUAAAAAAAAUAUAGGACACCGUUAUAUUGAACUUUUUUACGAGGGCCCAAAUGAGCAAAACUCGCGUAACAAUGGCAGAGAUGCGGGCUUAGUUACUAGUUAUAAACAUUUGAAUGAUAAACAAUCAUUCAAGAUGAAAAAUAAUGCGAAUGAUUAUAGAAUGAACAAACGUUACAAGAGAGAUAAUAAUGAUAUUGAUAAUAAUGGAUCUUCUGAAAACUUUUACAAGAAAAGGUCUUUAGAUAAUCGUAAUCAGUUCCAAUCCCCAAAUCAAUCUUUCAAUUCUCAACAAGGUUUCAUGAAUUCUCAAAACUCUGGGAUGAAUGAUCCCAUGCCAGGUAGAUUUAAUCAAUCAUUUCAGAAUUCUAGUACUCCUAAUAAUUUUAUGAAUAUGGGAAUGACUCCCACUGAUAUGAGUCAAAUGUGUGAAACUGUAUACUAUCCAAAUCCUAAUGUUAAUUUUCCUCAAUAUUAAAUAAUUAGCUUAUUUUAUUGUAUAAAUAUUUUUAUUUCAGUGGUUCUUGCCUAUUAUUAAUAGUUUACAUAA